CAUGCUUUUUGGUGAGAGAGAAAAAAGGGUACUUUGUUCUUUGGUUUGCUUCAGUUCUGUGACAAUGGGGAAGCACAAAUGCAAGCUCUGUACUCGAACAUUCUCUAAUGGCAGAGCUUUAGGAGGUCACAUGAAAGGUCACUUAGCCACUCAUCCACUGCCUCAAAAGACGACUCACCAGCACCAACCCAGUGACAGCACUGACUCAUCUUCUUCAUCGGGUGAAGAGCCAGAACUACGAGAAGAGAAAAUCCGAGUUCUUGAAGACAAAUGUUUGGUUUACGGGUUGAGAGAGAAUCCCAAGAAGAGUCUCAGGUUCGUAGAUCCUGGAUUCUCAUUUGCAGUCGAUUCUGGGUCCGUUGUUCAAUAUGCAGAAAGUGAGACCGAGUCAAGAAACCCAACUCAGAGACGAUCCAAGAGAUAUCGAAAGCUGGGAACUAACACUACAACAACAACGGGUGAAAUCAAGAAAACAGAGCUGUUGAGGAAACCCAGUUUGGCCGACUCACUGACUGAGCCAGAACCGGUGAGUUCAGUUUCUGAUACUUCACCUGAACAACAUGUUGCUUUGUGUCUUAUGAUGCUGUCAAGAGAUGUUUGGAAAAGCAAAAACGUGGAACAAAAAUCCGUUCAGGAGUUCAGCAAUAUAAAGAUUCGAUGUGAGAAAUGUAAGAAAACGUUUCGAUCUCAUUACACAUUGGAUGAACAUAAAAGGGUUUGCUCUGAAACCAAGAAAACAGGUAAAGUUGCGGCCGCUGUAGUUGUUGGUUCUAACGACAGCAGGAUAUUCGAGUGCCCAUUGUGCUAUAGAGUGUUCGGUUCAGGACAAGCACUGGGCGGCCACAAAAGGUCCCAUUUGCUUGCUGCUGCAAAUUCAAGCAAAUUUGACAACAAUUUGAUAGAUCUAAAUUUGCCAGCUCCAGUAGAAGAUGAUGAGUUCAGUGUGGUUUCAUUUGCGUAGCUGUUAGGGGAUCGAAUUCACGUGG